AUGUUCGGCAUACUAAAGGACUACCGGAUGAGGCUGAACCCAACGAAGUGCGCCUUCGGUGCAUCUUCCGGUAAAUUUCUCGGAUUCAUGAUCAGCCAAAGGGGAAUCGAAGCUAAUCCUGAGAAAAUCAAAGCCAUAAUCGACAUAGAGACGCCGAAGACACAGAAGGACAUUCAAAGCCUUACCGGGCGUGUUGCUGCCCUGACACGCUUCAUCUCCAAGGCUACCGACAAGUGCGUGCCGUUCUUCAAAGCUUUGAAAGGGGGCAAACAUCAUAUCGCAUGGACUCCCGAAUGCGACCAGACAUUUCAAAACUUGAAGAACUACAUGAACCAGGCACCGCUAUUAUCAAAACCGCUCCUAGGAGAAGUCCUCCUCCUAUACCUCUCGGUAUCCAACACUGCCGUCAGCUCAGUAUUGAUACGGAAGCCGCAGAAGGCAGAGCUACCGAUCUUUAUGUCAGCAAGGCACUCCAGAGUGCAAAGCUUUGGUACCCACCCUUAG